UGUCGCCUGACCGGAUGAUAACGAGAAGUUUUGUUUUGUGAGUUUACGUAUGAUUGAUCCUCAGAUCAGCACACGGAUCUUAAUGAAUGCGCCGUAAUACGGGUCCCCUGGCUGUCAGCGAGUAUUUUGUGAGUUAUUUGUCUUUGACAGACUGAUCUGGAAGUGUUUGAAGAGUGGAAAUCGAGCACUUGAAAGUAACCUGAGCGCCUUGCUGCCGCGAGCCCGUUCCUGCGCCCUGAGAGACGGUCAGAAACAUGGGCAACCGGGGGAUGGAGGAUUUGAUCCCCCUGAUCAAUAAACUCCAAGAUGCUUUCAGUUCCAUUGGCCAAAGUUGUAACUUGGAUCUGCCACAGAUAGCCGUAGUUGGAGGACAGAGCGCCGGAAAAAGCUCCGUGCUGGAAAAUUUCGUCGGCAGGGAUUUCCUUCCCCGAGGCUCAGGCAUCGUCACUCGCAGGCCUCUCAUUCUGCAGCUAGUUAACAACAAAGCUGAAUAUGCGGAAUUCUUGCACUGCAAAGGGAGGAAGUUUGUUGACUUUGAUGAAGUUCGGCAGGAAAUUGAAGCCGAGACCGACAGGAUUACCGGUUCCAAUAAGGGGAUCUCUCCAAUUCCCAUCAACCUGAGGGUUUACUCGCCAAACGUAUUGAAUCUGACUCUCAUCGAUUUGCCCGGUAUGACUAAGGUUGCGGUGGGCGACCAGCCGCCAGACAUCGAGCACCAGAUUCGAGACAUGCUUUUGCAGUUCGUCACAAGGGAAAGCUGCCUGAUCCUCGCCGUCACCCCGGCCAACACUGACCUGGCCAACUCAGACGCUCUCAAGCUGUCUAAGGAGGUGGACCCUCAAGGACUGCGUACCAUCGGUGUGAUUACUAAACUGGAUCUUAUGGAUGAGGGUACAGACGCCCGGGAUAUCCUGGAAAAUAAACUCCUACCACUGCGAAGAGGUUAUAUUGGCGUAGUGAACCGUAGUCAGAAAGACAUUGAUGGCAAGAAGGACAUUCGUGCUGCAAUGGCAGCAGAAAGGAAGUUCUUCCUGUCCCAUCCCAGUUACAGACACAUGGCUGAACGAAUGGGAACCCCACACCUGCAGAAGACCCUCAACCAGCAAUUGACCAACCACAUCCGAGACACGCUCCCCGGCUUGCGCAGCAAACUCCAGUCUCAGCUUCUCUCUCUGGAAAAAGAGGUGGAAGAGUAUAAGAACUUCCGCCCGGAUGACCCUACGCGAAAAACCAAGGCCCUGCUGCAGAUGGUCCAGCAGUUUGGAGUGGACUUUGAGAAGUGCAUUGAAGGGUCCGGAGACCAGGUGGAAACGGCAGAGCUGUCUGGAGGGGCCAGGAUUAACCGAAUUUUCCAUGAGCGCUUCCCCUUUGAGCUGGUCAAGAUUGUGUUUGAUGAGAAGGAGCUCCGGCGAGAAAUCAGUCACGCUAUUAAAAACGUCCAUGGUGUCAGAACUGGGCUGUUCACUCCAGAUCUGGCGUUUGAAGCCAUCGUGAAAAAGCAGAUCAUUAAGCUGAAAGAGCCCUGUCUGAAAUGUAUCGAUCUGGUUAUUCAGGAGCUCAUCAACACAGUCAGGCAGUGCACCAACAAGCUAGGCUCUUACCCCAGACUGCGAGAAGAGACAGAGAGGAUUGUCACUAGUUACGUCAGAGAGAGAGAAGGCAAGACCAAGGACCAGGUCCUUCAGCUGAUUGACAUUGAGCUGUCAUACAUCAACACCAACCAUGAGGACUUCAUUGGAUUUGCAAACGCCCAGCAAAGGAAUAUUGUUAACAAGAAGAGGGCCGUUCCCAACCAGGGUGAAAUACUGGUUAUCCGUAAAGGCUGGCUAACCCUCAACAUCAGCAUUAUGAAGGGUGGCUCCAAGGAGUACUGGUUCAUCCUGACGGCCGAAUCGCUGUCCUGGUACAAGGACGAGGAGGAAAAAGAGAAGAAAUACAUGCUUCCUCUGGACAACCUGAAGCUCAGAGACGUGGAGAAAGGCUUUAUGUCUACCAAGCAUAUUUUUGCAGUCUUCAACACUGAGCAAAGGUCAGUGCUGACUGCAGCUCUCUAUGUUUGUGUAUUUGUGUUUGCUGUUCGGCCACUUUAUGUAUCCGAUCCCCCUCGCAGGAACGUCUAUAAGGACUUGCGUCAGAUCGAGCUAGCCUGUGAUACGCAGGAGGACAUGGACAGCUGGAAAGCCUCUUUUCUCCGAGCAGGCGUUUAUCCUGAGAAAGAUCAGGUGGAGUCAGAAGAUGCCGCUCCAGCCGACACCUUCUCCAUGGACCCUCAGCUAGAGAGGCAGGUGGAGACCAUUCGUAACCUGGUGGACUCCUACACUUGUAUCGUCAACAAAACCAUCCGAGACCUCAUGCCCAAGACUAUCAUGCAUCUCAUGAUCAACAGCGCGAAAGACUUCAUCCACUCAGAGCUGCUGGCGUACCUGUACUCCUCAGGAGAUCAGAACAGUCUGAUGGAGGAGUCUGCUGACCAGGCCCAGCGUAGAGAUGAGAUGCUGCGUAUGUACCACGCCAUAAAAGAGGCCCUCCACAUCAUCGGUGACAUCAGCACCAGCACUGUGUCCACUCCUGCGCCUCCGCCCGUCAAUGACAACUGGAUUCCAGAGAAUAGCCCCAACACCCAGCGCAGACCACCUACAUCGGCCCCGCCCCCCAGCAGACCUCCAGCAGUGAGAGGUCCAACACCGGGCCCGCCCCCACUUAACCCCACCCCGUCCUUUGGAGGUCCACCUAUUCCCUCUCGCCCAGGCCAGCCCAUUAAUGCCUUCGGCAACCUGGAUCCUUUCAGUGCGCCUCCACUGAUCCCAUCCCGCCCUGCCCGCAUCCCUCCGGGCAUCCCCAGACGUCCACCUCCCCGACGGCCAGAGAACCAACGGUGAAGUGGAUCCAGUGCUCUGAAGGAGGAUCACCAUAUGGCUGCUCUACUACAGCACCAUGAGGACAUGAUGCCUGUUUCUAUAGGAUAUGGAAGGAAGAAUCAAUUGGAUUGGACAAAAAGUCAACAUAAAUUUUACUAUGCAAUUUAAAAAUUUGACUGGUUUUACACAGUCUUGUUUGAACUUUUCUCUCAUCUCAACCUGAAAAGGUGCUGACUUACUUUUUUAGCAGUCUUGGUUCUAGAAGUAGUUUUUCCCAUUCGGUUUCUCCAUAGAUUAAAUAGAUAAAAAAAUGAGUUCUAAGUGUUGAAACAAAUCAAACCAGCUCAGAAUUGCAACAUUAUAAACUCUGAUUUUAAACAAAACCCAGUAUGAAGAACUGUAAAUAAUGGUGAAUCUGGAAAAAAAGUCAGAUUAAACCAUAUAAUUAUUUUUUUCCCCAACUUUAGAAAUAUUUAAAAAAGGUAUAGAAGAAAUGGAGUGCUGCAUUGAUGAUGUACUGUAUUUUUGUAGGCCCAUGAGUUUGCAUCACCCUGGUUCCCUUGAUAAAAGCCAAAUAUAAUUUUUCC